AUGACCCCCCCGGCCUCGCAGUGCCGCCGCGCCCUUCAACGCCAAAUUACGCCGGUGCGAGAUGCCGUGUGGAUUACGGACGGCGUGCUUGCGAGCGCGUUCCACCGCUACUGGUGCGUUUCCAGGACCUGGAGGAGGAGCGGCAGCAAUGUGCCCGGCCCGCUCGAGAGCCAGCGCCGGCUCGGGCGCCGCCGCAUGGGGGUCGCCGGCAUGUGGUACUGUCCGCCAACGCCGCCGUCCUGGGCUUUCCCGGUGCCCCUGAACCUGACGCAAUGGACCUGGAGCCCGCCGUCCCCGAACCGCGUCGUGGCACACAGCCUCCCGCCGCCAACCGACCCCAUGGCCGUCCAGCUCACGUCUGUACUGCGUGGACUGUGGCGGCGGCCGGCGCCUCAAGAGGCUGCUGAUGAGCCACCAGCGGCGUUCGCGGACGAUGCAGUGCCUCAUUUCAGUUCGCCGCCUAUCCCCCCGACUUCAACCGCCCGGUCCUUCGCCGUCGACAUGGACACUUUCCGAUGGGCCGCCACGCAUGCCGAUGACGCGACUCUUGCCUUGAACACCAAGAAAAUCUGCCGCAAGCUCCGCCAACUCAUUGCUCUCGGCGAUGUUUCGCCCGAACAUGUUCUUUCCCUGUCGGCCGAGAUUUGGGCGGCUUUGGACGAAAGGCUAAAGGGCCUUUUAGUGAGGGCCGUCACGGUGAUGCCGGCUGCCCACCGCACCCUCGUUUCUGAGCCUAUUCUCUCUAUCCUCGGCCGCAUUUUUUCUGCCUGGAGCCGCCCCCAACGCCGCCCUGACAAUGCCACAAUUACGCAGUUGUUGGAGCUAGACCUUUUCGCCAAACCUGGCAACAUCCAGAAACAGCUGGGUACCUUGCCUUCCCAUCUACGUCAGGCCAGAGCAAUAUCCAGAGCACUUGAGAUCUUGAGCUCUGGCGGGCGGGAUGACUUCCUUUUAGCCGCUCACCGCCUCGCCCUCAGCACAGAGGCUGCGCUGCCGAAGGGUCGAUGUGCCCUGCGGUACAGCUGGCUGUAUGCACUCGCCCAUAUGCCUGGCGUCGGCCAAGAUUUUUUGUUCGGCGCUGUCACCGCAUUUUCGGCCCCCUCGCUGCAGGUAGUCAGACCCUUGAGCCACGUUGAGCUCUGCUCGCUGCUAUGGACGCAAUGGGCGAGUCAAGGGUACCUGGACUCCUCGAAGCGCGCCACCUAUGCGCGAUACCAACGAUGGUCCCGGGACCGUGAACAGCAGCAUAUGCGUGAAGCUGCGGUGCUGGGUUCGCUCUUUCUGGCUCUCCCUGUCGGAAAGUCCAAUCGCCUGGGGAACGUGCUCCAUCACAGUGCCUGGGAGCUCUUGACCAGGUUGAAGCGCAAGGACGAGGUGAUGCAGUCACUGGAAUGCAUUGCGCAAACCACAGAAUUGCCAGUCCACAUACUCGAGAAGCUCGCAUCCACGUCCGGGGACCACAACAUUGCGGUCCAGCUCCGUGACCUAUGGAUGCGCUCGAGCAAGCCUCAGGACGGUCGGCGAACUUGGAACCCCAAGGUUUUCGAACAGUACGUAGAUGACAUCGUCAUGGAUCCGAACAUGCCUCCAAAAACGAUAUGGCGCGUCCUGGACGUCAACCGCUUUGAGACACGGCUCGGGUCGAGGAGCCUCGCCUGGAAGAUGCGCCGCCACCGCGGCACAUUUGGCGCGUGCAGAGCAGCAAUCGCAGAGAAGGCGAUCAAGGCGUUCAGCCGUGCGCACCACCUGUCGAAGCGAUCGGCCUUCCGCCACGUCUCACAGGCAUACUUCUUCAUCCGCGAGGUCCGCGGGAGCGUGCCGCAGUCCGUCAUCCUCGCCCUCUAUCGCCUCGUCACCAGAGACCUGUGGGAAGAGAAGCCCGGGGUGACGAAGCGGCUCCUGUGGUUUCUGAGCGUGGUCGAGAAGCACCACGGCCUGGAGGUUGCGUGGUCGUGUCGCCUGGCGCUCAGGCGCUGGCGAGCGAAGCUGCAGUGGGAUGCAGCGUCGCACAAAAUGAGCGAGAACAAAAAGAUCUGCCAAACCGUUUCAAGCCACGCAGAGCGGCGCCGAGAGUUGGCCGGGCCGAAUGCUCUGUCAAACUAG